GAAUGAUACAAAAGCAGCACGAAUAAUGGAAGACUUGAAAACGGUUCUGUGGAAACUCCUCGAAAGUUCUGGCUCCAUCGUUUCUCUCGUAUAUAAACGCGUUCGUGCUCCUUUCAAUGCUCAUCGAAGUGAGAAUCCAGCUAAAUUGAUCAUCAAAUUCGUACUCCAAAUCAGUUCUUAACAGAAGUACCAAUUCAAAUCUGAGUCAAUCAUGUCUCUGAUUCCAAGCAUCUUCGGAGGUCGCCGGAGCCACGUUUCCGACCCAUUCUCUCUUGAUAUUUGGGAUCCUUUCCAAGGUUUCCCGUUUUCCAACGCCGUCGGCUCUGCACGCGAAACAUCGGCGUUCGCGAACGCGAAGAUCGACUGGAAAGAGACGCCGCAGGCUCACGUGUUCAAGGCGGAUCUACCGGGGCUGAAGAAGGAGGAGGUGAAGGUGGAGGUGGAGGAAGGGAAGGUGCUGCAGAUCAGUGGGGAAAGGAGCAGGGAGCAGGAGGAGAAGAACGACCAGUGGCACCGCGUAGAGCGGAGCAGCGGCAAAUUCCUUCGGAGGUUCCGGCUGCCGGAGAAUGCCAAACUCGAUCAGGUUAAGGCGUCAAUGGAGAAUGGUGUGCUCACUGUAACUGUACCCAAAGAGGAAGUGAAGAAACCUGAGAUCAAAUCUAUUGAAAUCUCCGGUUAAACAGGGCAAUGAAAUAAUUAAGCUUAUCCUUUCUGUGAUCUGUUUUGCCUAAGGAAUGUGUUGUCAUUAAUUAAGAUAUUGUGUGUCAAGUGUUCGAAAAGUUCUUGAAAUGCCAUUAUAUUUCUUGUACAACGUAUUGUGUUGACAUUUUAUGCAAGUGUUGCAUAUUUCGUGAAAAGGAGUGUUAAAUCUUGUCAAUAAGGUUUUUUUUUAAUGUUUUGAACAAUGUAUAGAAAUAUAUGACUCAUAGUUCACUUCAUAAGUUAUUAAUUUAAUGAUUGGGAAAAGUAUAAAAAUCAUUCUAUAA